AUGAAGUUCCUCAACUCAAUUGUCCUCGCGGCAACCCUUGCUACAGGCGUCGUGUCUUUCUUGCCGCCGAUCGAGCCGCUCAAGGAAAACGGAUGGACCCCACCUCUCUCCAAUGCCGUCAUUAACUCGGCCGCCUACGCCAGCUUUCUCCACUCCGAGACUGUAAACCCCCAUUAUGAAAAAGUUCAGCGUAGGCAUGACAAUGUUGAUCCAAUCAAUCAAACCUACGUCACGCCUGACCAGCUUUACACGCUUAUGUGUACCCUUCCAGGCUUCCGUGGUGACUGCCUAGUUUUCGGUUCUUCUCCAGGAAGUUGUGUCUCUUGGUGGAGUUACCAGCCAUGGAACUCAACCGCAGUCAGUGAUCGCUUCAACGAUAAAGUUUUCUCUUUGGCCUCGAACACUGGCGGCCAAUGCAUGUUCUACAAGGACCUUCAGUGCAACCAGUACGGUAACGACUCUGGCAUCACCAAGAGUUACGUAUACAACUUUGGCCUUCCCAUUCCUGAAGACGAAACCAUCACCGAUUACGAACAGGCUAUUACGUCGUGGAGGUGCUAG